AUGAAGAACCGCCUGUUUGCAGAUAUAUAUACUUUUGAACAACAAUUUAAAGCAACAAGUUUAUCAUUGUACACUCUUGAAAAAGAUAUGUGUGACAUUUGUACUAGUUACACAGCAGGCAAUUUGAGCGAGGCUGAAUAUCAAAUGCAUAUUAUAGAAAAGGAUAGAGCUAGACAUGAAAAGGAAAUUGAUAAAAAGAAAGUUGCUGACGGAAACAUCAGUGAUUCGCAUGAAGACAAGUUCAUAUUUCAAAUGACGUUGGAUUACUUCGAAGCGAUCUCGUCAGUAUCAGGCGAGAAUUAUUUUCUGGAAGAUAAAUCCAAGCAACAAGAACCAGAAGCGACACCCCGUUUGCAUCACGUUCUAUAA